AUGGCAUGGCUCAAGAUUCUGGGCAAUGGGUGGCUGAGUGCCGGCAGUGUGUGCUUGGACAUGCAGGACCAGAGGUAUGCAGUGGCCAUCCCCACAAAAGAUCAGACGGCCCAGACAACCGUGAAGGCUCUGUGGAGGUAUGUCAUCCAAGUGUUUGGUUGCCCUGAACGGAUCUUAACAGACAGAGGGGGGGCUUUUGAAUCUGAGCUCCUGAAGGAGCUGUGCCAUGUGUAUGGAUGCACAAAGAGCCACACAACCCCAUAUCAUCCACAGGGCAAUGGGGCUUGUGAGCGGUUUAAUCAGACCCUCUUGGGGCUAUUGAACACGUUAGACCAGGAGGGCCAGACGCGGUGGGUGGAACAGUUGCCAUAUUUGCUACAGGCUUACAACAACACCCCCCAUAGUUCCACAGGCCUUGCUCCCUUUUAUGUCUUGUAUGGGAGACAUGCUCGGCUGCCAGUGGACGUGGCCAUGGGGAUCUCCCCACCUCAGAUACGGGGCUCCAUCGAUGGGUGGGUGGCCUACCAGAGACAAGGUUCUGACCAGGCAGGUGCAGGGGUAUAG